AUGGGGAACGCUGAGGUCACGGCGCCGGUGGACGCGGCGGAGGAACAGAACCAGAACGGCGCGCUGAACAGGUCAGCCAGCGGGAACGAGGAGCGCUUCAGGAGCCUGGAGGACAUCGACGUGUCCGCGGACGGCAGCCCGGCGCUCCGCUUCCUCAUCUCGGUCACCUACUCGGUGGUGUGCGCCGUGGGCCUGGUUGGCAACCUGCUCGUGCUGUUCUUCGUGCGCGCGCGCCAGGACCGGAGGACGAACAAAAUCAACUUCUUCAUCCUGAACCUGGCCGUCACGGACUUCCAGUUCGUGCUGACGCUGCCCUUCUGGGCCGUGGACACGGCGCUGGACUUUAGCUGGCCGUUCGGCGACGCCAUGUGCAAGAUCGUGCUCUCGGUCACGGUGAUGAACAUGUACGCGAGCGUCUUCUUCCUCACGGCCAUGAGCGUCACGCGCUACCGCUCGGUGGCCUCGGCGCUCACCGAGCGCUCCUCGCCGAGCACGUGCUCUGCGCGCGGGGUUGGCGCGCUGCUCUGGGCGCUGGCCACCGUGGCCACUGCGCCAACGUCCGUUUUCUCCACGGUGACCAACGUGGCCGGCGAGAAGCUCUGCCUUCUACGCUUCCCGGACGGGCAGCACUGGCUGGCCGUGUACCACGUGCAGAAGAUCCUGGUGGCCUUCGUCGUGCCCAUGGCCAUCGUGUGCGUCAGCUACCUGCUGCUGCUGAGGCUCGUGCGCAGCCGCGGCAUGAGGAACAACACGAAGCGCAGGACGCAGGUGACCAGGUCCGUGACGCUCGUGGUGCUGUCCUUCUUCCUCUGCUGGAUGCCCAACCACGCCGUCACGCUGUGGGGAGUGCUGGUCAAGUUCAACGCCGUGCGCUGGGACCGGACGUACUACGUGGUGCACACAUACGUGUUCCCGCUCACCGUGUGCCUCGCGCACGCCAACAGCUGCCUCAACCCGGUCAUCUACUGCAUGACGCGCAGGGACUUCAGGAAGAAGCUGAAGGAGCUCUGGCUGCGGGACUGA